GGUCAGGACUGGAAACCGGUGGUGGUCCGCAAGAAAGCCCCCAACGCCGCCGCCAAGAAGGACGAGAAGGCCGUCAACGCCGCCAGGCGCAGCGGCGCUGAGAUCGAGACCAUCAGAAAAUCUGUUGCUGGUACAAACAAAGCUGCUUCUAGCAGCACUUCCUUGAACACGAGAAAGCUUGCUGAGGAAACAGAGAAUCUUACCCAUGAGAGAGUCCCAACUGAACUAAAGAAAAACAUAAUGCAAGCUCGAAUGGAUAAAAAAUUCACCCAGGCAAAACUUGCACAGCUCAUCAAUGAGAAGCCUCAAGUGAUUCAAGAGUACGAGUCGGGAAAGGCAAUUCCAAAUCAGCAGAUAAUUACCAAACUGGAGAGGGUCUUGGGAGUGAAACUGAGAGGAAAAAAAUAAUUUGCCUCGUACAAGAUUCGUAACCUAUGGAACUUUCACAUAUGCAGCAAAUGGUUCUAUCUUGAGUUUGGCAGCUGGAACUGGUGAUAGUGUAUAUGAAAUGUAGAGCUGGUUCUGUGUCUUUUUACAUGAGAUGAACUUGUUGCUUGUGUUGCAUCGUUUUCUUCUCUGUUGUACUGCUUUCUUGUGUCUAAUAAAUGAGGUUGGUAGAGGCUUUUGUGUGUUUU